CAGCCGGUUUAAACAAACGAAGACCCGUCGAAAGAAACCACUGCGAAAACAACCUGUUGCUAGCGAUAAGCCAAGUUAAAUAUUCGAAUCAUUUCAGUCCCCCGCAGAACUCGUAGCGCGCAACAUCAUAUCGUUUUAACUUAUCUCGUUUGUUUCGUUGCUAUUCUGCUCGGCUGCAAUUGUGCUACCGAAAACGCCGCGGGUUUCUUCUAUCAUACAAUUAAAUUGAUUAUCAAUUGUUCCAACAUGAAAUCGUUUGUAGUUGUUCCUGAAAAUAGUGACUUUCCUAUCCAGAAUCUACCCUACGGAGUUUUUUUCACAAAGGAAAAGUCUGAACAUCGCCUAGGAGUGGCCAUCGGGGAACACGUUCUCGACCUUAGUGCCGUCAAACAAUUCUACCCGGAAAAGUAUCACGAUGCACUCAUUUCAAACGUCCUCAAUCCACUGAUGAGCCUUGGUUACGAUGCCUGGGAAGAAGUUCGACGAAUUACACAGAAUCUUCUUUUGGAAGGUUCUGCACUGCAUGGUGACACGAUCCUUCAGCAAAUGGCGUUGAUACCGCUGAGGACAGUUCAGAUGCAUCUUCCAGCCAACAUUGGUGACUAUACCGACUUUUACUCAUCUAUUCACCACGCAACCAACGUUGGAGUCAUGUUUCGAGGUAAAGACAAUGCAUUAAUGCCCAACUGGAGGCAUCUCCCGGUUGGUUAUCACGGUAGAGCUAGCUCGGUGGUCGUAUCCGGAACUCCUAUCCGACGCCCACUAGGCCAGACACUGCCCGUAGAUGGAGCUGAUCCGGUGUUCGGCCCAUGUCGUUUAUUUGAUUUCGAACUUGAGAUGGCAUUUUUUAUCGGUGGACCACCAACCCAACUUGGAGAUCGAGUGACCGUCAAUGACGCUGCCAAACGCGUAUUUGGGUUUGUUCUGAUGAAUGAUUGGAGUGCUCGAGAUAUUCAAAAAUGGGAAUACGUUCCACUGGGACCGUUUACUGCAAAGAAUCUCGGAACAACAAUUUCUCCAUGGGUUGUUCCCGUCGCUGCCUUGGAGCCAUUCAAAGUGGAUAAUUUCCCACAGGAACCGAAACCUUUUCCCUAUCUGAACCAUGAGCAGAACUUUAACUUCGACAUCAAACUAGAAGUAGAUAUUAAACCUGCUAAAGGCGUCGCUACGACGGUAUGUCGCUCCAACUAUCGCAACCUAUAUUGGACAGCGUUGCAGCAAAUUGCUCAUCACACUGUAACCGGAUGCAAUCUGAAUCCGGGCGACCUUAUGGCAUCGGGAACGAUUAGUGGAGACACGGCAGACUCGUUUGGAUCCAUGCUGGAACUGAGUUGGAAGGGCACCAAGGCGAUCAGUCUUCUUGGUGGAGAAUCUAGGAAAUUUCUGCAGGAUAAUGAUGAAGUCGUUGUACGUGGUUUUUGCUGCAACGAUGAUAUUAGAAUCGGUUUUGGAACAUGCAGUGGAGUUGUAUUGCCAGCCAUACCAUUGUAAAGAGUUAUUGAACAGUGUCAUUUCAACGCUAAAUUAACAACAUCAGUGUUUACAAUUAUAUUGUGGCGCAAAGUAGGUCAAAAAAUGCUUUUUUGCGAAACACCAAUUUUAAAAUAUGUUAAACAUAUUGUUUGUUUCUAGUUACUGUACAGUUCGAGACUUUCUGAAAAAGCUAAACUUUUGUUUAUAAUCUAAUUAAUGCUGGAAGAUCCAUAAUCGUUUCAUAAAUGACGUAAAACUCAACCACAAGCAAUGUUAUUCGAAUAUUUCUACGUUAAGGGGUUACACCACUAGAAUUUUAAAUAAAUCGAUAUAUUUUUAUUGGUCUAAGAUGUGACUUGAGACUUGAUAAUAAUGUACCAAAAAUCGAAGGCGACUUUAAUUGUUAAAUGUUCCAAUUUUCAAUUCUAAAAUUUACCCGGGUUUUUCUCGAAACCACAUUUUAGCUGGUCGAAAACAUAACUCAAACAAAUGAUAUUUGAUCGUUUUGAAAUUUU